AUCUCCAUAAAAUGCGAAUGGGGAAAAUGAAGAAUGCCCAGAAGAUGAACGGUGACAACUCCGCCACUGGCAUGUUUUUGCAGCUCUCAGCGGUCGGCGUGCAUAUUUCCAGCGCGUUUAGCGACUGCUUACAGGGGGCCGGCUCUGUUCCCUGCUGGCCACGCGCGCCAGAUGGAGCUCCAGGCUGCUUAGUUUCAGGGCGGGCCAUUCCAGAGGCGGCUUGGAACUGGGCAAAAGAGGCCAAGUCGAGAAAGCGGUUUGCCCGCUACUGAUGACACUUGACAGUCCGUCUUAACCGAGUGAAUCGCCUCUCUUCUUUCUUCUACCUCUUUUUUCUUUGUCAUUGAAUUUGAGAAGAAACUGGGGUUCUUGGAAUAGAGAGCUCCAAAUACGGCAUAUGUCGAGACGCUAAGCUUUCAAUGGUUCUAGUAAAUCGACUUGAUGAAAUGACAUUUAUAGUUUAAAGUGCUAGCCAAGAAAUGAACAAGGCAGCAAGCCCAAUUCAAUCGGCGGUAUCAUAUAUACACGUACUUGACAACUACUAUGGAAUUGCAAAUAGUGGCAAGGCGGGAGAUGAUUCAGAUAGAGAGCGAAUAUCAAGGACGGGCAACUGCGCCUUGAUUCACAGCACAGACCCACGAACCAUUCUUCCAAAGAUCCUUUGAGAAAGCCCCAUUUGCUCUGAAG